AUGGUGAACCUAUUCAAGAUCCAGUUUGCUAGUAGUAGAAAAAUCGAGAAGCAGUCCUCAGAUCUGUACCGUGUUGUGCAGAGACAUGGUGAAUCCUUGAGAGACUAUCUAAAUAGGUUCAACAGGGAGAAGAUUGGGAUACACAAGUGUGAUGCUCCUACAACAAUCGAAGCAUUCAGAAGAGGGCUGCUAGACCAUAGUGAGCUCUACAAGGAGUUGACCAAAUACCCCUGUACAACCUUUGAAGAUGUGCAAGCCAAAGCUAUGGCUCAAGUCAGAUUCAAAGAGGAUACCUAUGCACGAAAGACUCCUGAGCCAGAUCGCCAAUCAAGAAGGAAAAACAACUUUCCCAGAAGAGAUCACCGAUUUAAGCCAUAUCAACGUUCCCGCUUUGAUGAAGGAUCAGUCAAUGCUGUUGAAGAAGAAUUCUCCGACUGGAGGGAAGAUCCUGAACUCCCACCUAAAUUACAUGAGUAUUGCUUCAAUUUUAACCCUGCAGGAGUAAUCAGGACCCUGAAUAAGAUGGGGGAUACUGUGCAAUGGCCCAGAAAGAAUGAUAAGCCUGGAGAGAAGAAAGAUUUGUCCAGGUGGUGCGAUUUCCAUUCAGAUAUUGGUCACACAACCGAUGAAUGUGUUGCGCUCAGAAAGGAAGUUGCUUACCUACUGAAGAAAGGUUAUCUCAAAGAACUCAUGUCAGACAGAUCUAAAGCUCCAGGGAAAGAAAGAGAAUUAAAGCAAGGAGGUCCUCCACCUCCGCCCCCAAUUGUCAAAACCAUCUGUUUUAUAUCAGGAGGAUCAGAAGUGUGCGGCUUAACAUACUCAGCAGCAAAGCGAUACACAAAAGAGAGCAAUAAGGAUAAACCAGAUAGAAGGGAAAAAUCCAAAAUAGACAUUCCCAUUAUGUUUGAAGAAAGCGACGCAGUAGAAGGCCAUCAUGACGGCUUAGUAAUUUCACUCCCAGUUGGAAAUUGCAUGAUCAAGCGAAUCCUUAUUGACAACGGAAGCUCUGCAAACAUCAUCAUGCUCGAUACUCUGAAACAUAUGAACAUAGACGAAAAGAACAUCAUCAAUAAGUCAACAAUGCUAGUAGGAUUCAGUAGAGAAACCAAGAAGACAAGUGGGGAGAUCACAUUAGCUACCUAUGCGAAAGGAGUCAACCUACAAGUCAAGUUCCUAGUGAUCGACACUCUAUCCUCAUACAAUAUGAUUUUAGGCAGACCCUGGAUACAUGAGAUGGAGGCCAUCCCCUCUACAUACCACCAAGUCAUUAAGUUCCUUACCAAAUGGGGUAUUCAAGAGAUCAGAGGAGACCCUAAAGAGGCCAAAGAAUGUUACAAGAUUGCAUUAAAAGCAACAUCAGCAGAAAAGAGUUCAGCAUAG